AUGCCCAACCCUCCUCACCAGUCCCACAACCCCGAGGUAGUCGAGCUCGACGCCUCGGCCCCGAUCGAGCAGAUUGUCGACAUCAUCAAGCGCGACGGCGGAAUCAUCAUCAAGAACUUUGUCUCUCCCGAGAUCAUCGACAAGAUCCAGGAAGAGGCCCAGCCGUACUAUAGCAAGCUUGGAAAGUACGAAGGGAAGCUGUUCGAUGCGGCGGAUCCGCCGUUGAGUGGGUUCGCUGGCAAGUCGCCCACGUUCGCUCACGCCGCCAUCAACCACCCGACGUAUCGUGAGGUCGCCAAGGCGCUGCUCAAGGAGGAAUCCACCGUCUACCGCGACGGCAAGCGCUACAAGACCGUCUCGUACCCAGUCCUCGCCGUCUCCGAGGCCUUCAACCGCGGCUCGCCCUCCACCGCGCAGCAGCUACACCGCGACGACAUGGCGCAGCACUUUGAGCACCUCGAGGGGAGCGGCGAGAGCUCCCUGCUCGGGCUCCUGUUAGCCGGUGUGGACACAAACUUCGAAAACGGCGCCACCCAGGUGAUCGUCGGUUCCCACAAAUGGCCCGAAGCCUGCAUCCGGGGCCCCGCCGACCGAUCCCUCUGCUCAACCUGCGAAAUGAACAAGGGCGACGCCGUCUUUAUCAUCGGGAGUAUCUGGCACGGCGCCGGCGAGAACAAGACGAACCCGCCGGAGCGCCGGAUUAUCUAUUCGUGCCACAUGACGAGGGGGUCUAUGCGUGCUGAUGAGAAUCAGUUUGUGGGCAUUGAGAGGGAUGUGGUGAGGGGGUAUGAGCCGGAGGUCCAGGCGUUGCUGGGGUAUUCGGUUGCGAGGCCGAACUGUGGGCAUGUUGGUGGGGAGGAUCCGAUUGUUUUGGUCGGGGGGAAGAAGGAUCCUUUUGGGUAUGGGGAUUUGGGGGGGCAGGUGGUGGUUGAGUGA